AUGUCUGACAUGUAUGGCUACUUCACCCUGUUUGUCAUUUCACUCAUUUCAGUUCUGUUUUUCCUAUCACUUUCUUCAUCAUCUAAGAGCAAAUCUCGGCUCCUUCCGAGUCCUUUUGCACUUCCAAUCAUCGGUCACCUACACCUCUUGGCUCCAAUCCCUCACCAAGCUUUACAUAAACUCUCAACUCGAUAUGGACCCGUUUUCAGGUUCUUCCUUGGGUCGGUUCCAUGUCUUGCUGUUUCCUCACCUAAAUUGGCUAAAGAAUUCCUUAGAACAUAUGAAAAUUCUUACUUAGAUCGACCUAGAAAUGUUAGCACGGUUUACUUAACUUAUGGUUCUAAAGAUUUCAUGUUUGCUCCUUUUGGGUCUUACUGGAAACUUAUGAAGAAGCUGGUAAUGUCAGAACUCUUAAAUGGUCGAACGCUCGACUUGCUUCUUCCAGUUCGACAAGAUGAGACUAUAUGGUUCAUCAACUCAUUGUCUCAAAAGGCUAAAGUUGGAAAGCCUGUGGAUGUUAAAGGUGAACUUUUGAAGUUGACAAAUAAUGUGAUUUCAAGAAUGCUAAUGAGUGAAAGGUGUUCUGAGGACGAUAAUGAAGCAGACGAUAUGAGGAAGCUUGUUACCGAGAUUUCUGAGAUUACUGGUAAGUUUAACUUGGCGGAUUACAUCUGGUUUUGUAAGAAUCUUGAUUUACAAGGGUUUAAAAAACGAGUGAAGAAGAUCCACAAGCGGUUUGAUGAUUUGAUAGAAAGGAUCAUUAAUGAGCAUGAAGAUGAAAGGAGAAAGAAAAAGGAGAAAUUAGAUGAUGGAGUGAAGGACCUUCUUGAUAUUCUACUCAAAAUAUUAGAAGAUGAUACCAUGGAGGUCAAGUUAACCAGAGACAAUAUUAAAGCUUUUAUUCUGAAUCUAUUUGUUGCAGGAACAGAUACAUCUGCCCUUACUAUAGAAUGGUGUUUAGCAGAGCUAAUCAACCAUCCUAGGAUAAUGGACAAAGCAGUUGAAGAAAUCGAUAGAGUGGUUGGAAAAUCCCGACUUUUAGAAGAAUCCGACAUACCAAAUCUUCCAUACCUCCAAGCAAUAGUAAAAGAAGGCCUAAGAUUACACCCUACAGCCCCAAUGAUCCCAAGGACCUCAACAGAAGAUUGCAUAGUAGGAGGCUACCAUGUUCCUGCAAAAACUACUGUUUUUGUUAACGUUUGGGCUCUGGGUAGGGACCCAGAGCAUUGGGACGAUCCACUGAAGUUCUGUCCUGAAAGAUUUGAGGGGAGUCAAGUAGAUGUUAGAGGACAACACUUUCAUAUGUUACCGUUUGGGAGUGGGAGACGAAUGUGUCCAGGAACAUCGUUAGCAAUGCAAAUUGCGCAAGUGACAUUAGGUGUGAUGGUUCAGUGCUUUAAGUGGAAGGUUGGGGAAGACGGGGAUAUGGACCGGGUUGAUAUGGAAGAGGGACCAGGGAUCACACUUCCUAGAGCCAAUCCAUUGGUAUGUGUUCCUGUGGCUAGGUUCGAUUCAGUACUCCCAUCUCUAAUAUAA